AUGCCUGGUGGAAAGGGAAAGUCUAUCGGUGGAAAGGCCGGCUCCAAGGACUCUGCGGGGAAGAGCCAGAAGUCCCACAGCGCAAAGGCUGGUCUGCAGUUCCCUUGCGGUCGUGUUAAGCGCUUCUUGAAGAACAACACCCAGAACAAGAUGCGCGUUGGCGCCAAAGCCGCCGUGUAUGUCACCGCUGUUCUCGAAUAUCUGACUGCGGAAGUCCUCGAAUUGGCCGGAAACGCUGCCAAGGAUCUCAAAGUCAAGCGUAUCACCCCGCGUCAUCUGCAGCUCGCUAUCCGUGGUGAUGAGGAGUUGGAUACCCUGAUCCGCGCCACUAUUGCCUUUGGAGGUGUUCUGCCGCGCAUCAACCGCGCGCUCCUGCUGAAGGUGGAGCAAAAGAAGAAGAGCAAGACUGAGGCUUAA